AAUAUUUAAUACUACAUAUUCUCACUUGAUUCUUUAUUCAAUCCAUUGAGUCCAGAAUAUGCUUGAAAACAAUAAAUGAAAUAAAGGUUAAACUAUAACCAGUCUGUCUUCAGAAACUCCACCCUCUUACAAAACCAAUGAGGAAGUGACUAGUCAUUAUUUCUAGCUUUCAUUUUUGCUGAAAGCUGAAACGAGUCAGUGUUGUGAAGAACAGAGGAGGACAAAUUAUAUCAGGAUUUUUGUGUAUUUCUGAAUUAACCCAGAUUAGAUUUUGAUUGUAAUGGUUAUUUACUUUUCAAACCAAAGUUCAGAAAGUGAAAGUAAAUUGUAGAUCACUGGAUCUUUUACAAGACGAGGAAAUGGAUUCAAAAUCUGCGGAAGAGCUUUCUUGUCCUGUUUGCUGUGAAAUCUUCAAGGUUCCUGUUCUUCUGUCCUGUAGUCACAGUAUUUGUAAAGAGUGUCUACAACAGUUCUGGAAAACUAAGGAUUCUCAGGAGUGUCCUGUCUGCAGGAGAUCCUCAAAAUAUGAACCUCCAAUUAAUUUAGCGUUAAAAAACUUGUGUGAUUCAUUGAUAAAGGAGGGAAAUGAGGAGAUCUGCAGCUUACACAGUGAGAAACUCAAACUCUUCUGUCUGGAGGACAAACAGCCUGUGUGUUUAGUGUGCAGAGACUCAGAGAAACACACCAAUCACACAUUCAGACCCAUCAUUGAAGUGCUUUCAUCUUACAAGGAGGAAUUUAAUACAGCACUGACAUCCUUACAAACCAAGCUUGAACAUGGAGAACAAAUGAAAGAAGAGUGUGAUGAAAUAAUUGAACACAUCAAGUCUCAAGCUGAGCAAACAGAGCGUCAGAUUCAAGAAGAGUUUGAGAAGCUUCAUCAUUUUCUCAGAGAUGAAGAAGAAGCUACAAUCACUGCACUGAGGGAGGAAGAGGAGCAGAAGAAGCAGAAGAUGAAGGAGACGCUGGAGGAGAUGAACAGACACAUCUCAUCUCUUUCACACACAAUCAAAGACAUGGAGGAGAUGAUGAAAGCCAAUGACGUCUCGUUUCUAAAGAACUUUAACGUCACAAUGGAAAGAGUCCAGAUCUCACAGCCGGAUCCAGAGAUGAGUUCUGGAGCUUUGAUUCAUGUGUCACAUUACCUGGGUAACCUGUCGUUCAGAGUCUGGAAGAAGAUGAUGGAAACUGUCCAACACACUCCGAUGACUCUAGAUCCAAAUACAGCAAAUCCUCGGCUCACACUCUCUACUGAUCUGACCAGUGUGUUGAACAGUGGUGAACGUAAAAAGUGUCCUAAUAAUCCAGAGAGGAUUAACUUUUAUCCGUGUGUCCUGAGUUCUGAGGGCUUUAACUCAGGAACACACUGCUGGGAUGUGGAGGUUGGUGACAACACACUCUGGAUUCUUGGAAUAACCACAGCAUCGAACCAAAGGAAAGAAAAAGUUUUCUUUAAGUCUAACGUCUGGUGUGUGUGGUACAAGGACAGCAAAUACUACUCACAAUCCCCAGAGCAACACUUGACUGUCUUUACUGUUGAAGAGAAGCUUCAGCGUGUGAGAGUUCAGCUGGACUAUGACGGAGGAACAGUGUCAUUCUCUAAUUCUGUGACCAAAAACUGUCUGUGCACAUUCAGGACAUCCUUCACAGAGACUGUCUUUCCAUUCUUAUUUAAUCACUGCACAACUUCCCCUCUGAGGAUUUUACCAGUUAAAGUGUUUGUAACAGUAGAAAAUCACAGUUAAAUAUGAGUGAGUGAAGCUGCAGCACUGGAUUCUGCAGUCAGGUGCAGCUGCUCCAGAGAUUAGGCUUGUUUGACUUCAUGCAGCGCUGCGCAGAGAGAUCGCGGCUGACUUGAAGCAGUGCAUGCUGGUUAGACAUUUUGUCUGACUUGAGACAGCGCCAACGCCAUGUGACUAUGACGUAUGGUAUCAAAGUACCGCGAGAACAAUUCGAGAGCAGCUGCAUGAGCUCUGAUGAUGACACAGCUGUUCCGCGAUUCACCACAUGACACCGCAUUCGUGUUUAUUGUCACACCUUCAGUUCCACUAAUGCUCACAAAUCUGUAUUUUUAUAACAGUUAAAGCUCUUUUCAUGUAGUCAUGAUGUUACAUUGUUUCUUGUUUAUCAAAAUAAAACUGAUAAAAACGUAGAGCCCACUUUUGUAUUUAAAUAAUAUUAUGCUUAUGUUGAACUUUAUUUGUAGGAGCCAUAUUUAGAUACUUGCACACUAAUAAUUUAAGAGACUCUAAUUUAAUUAAUUUUUAUUUCAAAUAUUAUGAUUUAAAUAUAGAAAGAAAUUUUAUGUUUGUUUGAUACUUGGACUAACCUGUUUUAUAUUAAUUUGCUCCUCCUCCUUGUCACUACAGCGCGAAAGUGCAAGUGUUAAUAGCCAGUUAGCAUUGUUUGGCAGGAACAGGUUAGAGGGUGGAGAGCAACAGUUUCUUCAAUCGCAUGCUCACACCUGUAGUUCGUAUUUUCUGGAAUUUGAUUUGUAUUUUGUUUGAAAAGUAAACCGGAGAUCGUGAUUAAUAAAUAACGUUUUGUUUUGUGACGAUUGAAUAUCCGUGCGUGCUUUAUGGACUGGACAUGUGUAUUAUACGAAGAGACUCCUCCACUAACCUCAGGGGGCUAACGAAAGUUUUUAAAGAUUAGCCGCUAUAUUAUUCUUGUAAAAACAGACACUGUGAGCAGUACAUAAAGUACUGAAUGAAAAUGUCUCGGAAACAUCUGUAUUUUUGACAAAUAUUGCAUUUAUUUCACUUCAGCUGUGAUAAAGUAUCUAAACGCAACACAAGCAUCACUA